AUGCGACUGCCAGAUCUAUUAUCUGCAAUAACACUCAACCUUGUCUUGGCCCUAUUCUCAAUGGUGAUGGCAAUAGUAGCCCUCGGGCUGCUGGCUUUUGUCCUUGCAAAGGACAACUACCUACACAAGGAAGGCCCAGCUGUUCCGAAAAACGACAAAAUCCGACGCCAUGAAAGCGUUGUGGUGGAUUUCAAGAAUCCAAGCACAGUACCAGACCAUUUUCUGCAGUUGAACACAUUGAUGUUCCAAAAGAAGCCUAAGAACAACCAAGUGACUGAAAUGGCUCGAGCUGUCCCACUAUCUGGUAUGGAUCUGAUGUCGUCAUCGAAACAAGAUCAGCUUGGAGAUAGUCAAGCUAUUGGUCCGUUUUUCUCAACAUCUCGAUGAGGAUGUUUAUCGAAAAUGACUUUUAUCGAAUAAGGCUUUGCAGAACACUCUCCAUCGUCAUUCGUAACGGAUUCCGGUAUUUCUGAUGAAGAGUACACAUCCGACACAACAAGCUCGGUAGAUGAGAGAUCAGGUCAAGCUACAAAGGGUUUCGUGACAGAAGCUUCAGGUUGGAUCGAGGAACGAGUAACAAUUGAGCCAUUGGCGGAGAAACGUAUCGUCGACCUUGAAUGCGGAUCAGAAUUCUCGCUCUGCAUACCAGAUAAAUGGGCAGUUACGAGCUGCAUGGUCACGACGAGGAAGAACUGGCGGUCAUUCAGGACAUUCACGACAAGAUCAUCAAAAGCGAAAGAAAAGGAAGCGAUCCAGUCGACGCAAACAGGUGUUAUAUACUUUGACUUUGCGAAAGCCUUCGAUAGAGUACCUCACAAAAGACUACUUCAUAAAUUGGAGAUGUUGGGUUUCCAUCCCACACUCGUAAGUUGGAUCGCUGAUUUCCUCCAUGGCAGGACCNUCAAUCAUCUUUUUUGA